AUGGCAACAACAGCAGCAGCAACAUCAGCAACGACAACGCCAAAAAAGGCCAUGACGCCAAAGCCAAACGUGCAAGACUCAAUGAAGUCGACUUGGAGGACAAGCCCCAAAGAGAACUGGAGCCUUGCUCACCACAUCAUCGACUUUUUCAACGCCUACCCAGUGGAUAUCGACAAGCCGGUCCCCGUCCAUGACAAGUCAGACCCUACACCUCACAUGUCGGACAUAGCAGUGGUGAUAUGGGUCCUGUUCUACGCCCUGAUACCGGUAUCGAUUCAUCAGGCGUGGCUCAGCGUUACCGGAUACGAAUCUAUAGGCCGGUUCGCCCUCUUCAACCUAUACUUUACGGCCUUCAACUUUACCGUUAUCCGGGAGGUGCACGUGCUGCGACGUGUGGGCCACAUGACCGGUUUCCUGGACGGCGACGAGCAUGAACGAGACGGUAUUCCCGACGUGGGAGUCGCCAAGGUGGCUGCAGCCCUGUACAAGACCACCGGCUCACGCAUCGCGCUGUCUAUCCUGGUGUCGUACGAUCCGGCCGAACCGCCCACGGAGGUCAUGAGCAAUCCCAAGUGGUGGGCGUGGCUGUUCCUGCAGAUUGGCUUGUACUCUGUCGUGCUCGACUUCUGGUUCUACUGGUACCACCGCGCAAUGCACGACGUCUCGUUCCUGUGGAGGUACCACCGCACGCACCACCUUACCAAGCACCCCAACCCUCUGCUGUCCGCCUACGCGGACCACGAGCAAGAGUUCUUCGACAUGGUGGGCGUGCCUCUGAUGACAUGGGCCACACUUUGCGUCAUGGGUAUCUCCAUGGGUUUCUACGAGUGGUGGAUCUGCCAUCAGUUCAUCGCCUUCACCGAGGUCUUUGGCCACAGCGGUCUGCGCCUCUACGGAGCCCCUCCCUCGACGUUUAGCUGGCUCCUCAGGGCCACGGGUACCGAGCUCGUCGUCGAGGACCACGACAUGCAUCACCGCAAGGGGUACAGGAAGACGCACAACUACGGGAAGCAGACUGGUAUCUGGGACAUCUUGUUCGGUACCAGAGGGGACCGUAUCGAAAUGGCCAAGGACAAUGUCGACCGCGGCCAAGCCAUCUACAUUCCCAUCUUCUAG